CACACACUGCCUCUCUCUCUCUCUCUCUCUCUCUCUCUCACGAGCCAAAUGCGAUUUAAAAGCGCGCGCAGCCGCUGCACUGCGAGAUAAACAUACAAGGAAUUCAUGUUAUUAACAGAAUAACUUGUGGAUUUUACCCGUGAUCUUGGUCUCAUCAUGUUAAAAAAAUUCAAAGGUAUAAAGGAAUGACAGCAUAGAUAGUACAGAUAGUAAAUCUUCUGAAAUAAUUUGUAGGCAAGGAAAACAAACGAUGCGCAUGAUUUUACGCAUGAUUUUACGCAUCUAUCGUGUUUUCAGGUUUCUGAGUUAGUUGCUGUCUGUUUUUGUUUCCUCGUCGAUCAUUUUGCGCUCUUUUAAAAAGUAGUUCAAUUUAGACUUCAGACAUGUUGCCCUGUUUGUGGUUUAGGUGUCUGCUUCUUUUUUUGGACUAACAAGAUCUUUACGCACAGGAGAGAAGUGAUGCUGGAGGAACCGACAAAAUGCAGCAUGUGUUGCUGCACUAUGCUGAACAAAAUACUGAUGGUUGUCUUCAUGAUAUUACUGAUGUUUGGUAUAUGGUUUGGAAACUUGCUAACUUUGGCUGUGGUGUUCGGAACCAAACCUUUCCACACACCCCAGGGUUACCUGAAAGCCUCUUUAGCGGUGGCGGACUUGGCAGUGGGGAUUUUUGUGCUCCCUCUGUCCCUUUACGCAGAGCUUACACUCUUAUUGACGGGCGCAGCACCUGGCUGGACAGUGCGUAAUUCACAGUACACACCUUUCCACCCGUGCAGUUAUAUUGGCCCCGUGUUUGCAGGCUGCACUCUGGUUUCCAUCACUACAGUUUUCCUACUCACUAUUGAGCGCAGCAUUGCUGUCUUAAAACCUUUGCACAAAGAGGUCCUAAUAACAAGAAGACGAACGAGUAUGCUGAUCGUAUUUUCUUGGACGGGCAGUUUUUUCUUAGCACUAGCUCCUUUGAUUUUUAGCAAACAGAUCGCGUUGGAGUAUAACGCAUGCAGCAGAAUGUGCAACUACGCGUUAGAGGCUUAUGAGUUUCCUCCUCAGGCUUGGAAUAUUCUCUUACUUUUCCCAGCGUUUGAUUUUACUCUCCUCAUAGGGACUGUUGUUACAAACAUAAUAUCCUUCACUAAGAUCCGGCAUCAUUCAAGGAAAAGAAGGCGUCUGGCACAAGCGGGUUGCCAAAGUACAUCAGGACCAAGUUUCUCUGACAUUAAGGCAGCAAAAACAAUCGGCGCGCUCACGCUGGUCUUCACCGUCUCCUUCACUCCCGUGGCGGUGUUUGUAGUAGGAAACGUUACCGGAAACGAAUGGUGCAAUUUCUCGUUUUUUGCUUUUUGGACUUUGGCUGCAAGCAGUUGCUGGAACGUCAUUAUUUACAGCGUGAGGGACCAAAAGUUCAGAAUCCGAGCGCGUCAGCUUCUCGUGUUGUCGAAAAGAAAACAUUCACCCUGAGACCACGCUGUACAAUCAGGACCUUUAUUAUGGCCAUGUAAACAUUAACGCACACUUUGUGUCAUUUACAGCCUUCCACACAUUUCACAGUAAACUGCUCCUGUGAAACAGGAUGUGUAAUGAUGUGCACAAUGUCUAAUGAUGAUGCAACCGGCUACUGAGUGUAAUUGCUGUGAGAACCCUGAUUCAUCUGAUGAGUGAGUAUUUCAGUAGGGCUACUAAUGAAUCAUGACAUUCACAAUCCAACAAACACCAUCCAGGACAAUUUGUACAUAAACGCUUCUUUGGUAUGUUAUAUUACACGUUUAUGGGAAAACAUCAAAUUCAGUACAAUCUCCUUCACUUGAUGAAUGUAAUAAUAUUCAGCUUUGUUUUUUCUUGUACACAAUAGCCAACCUUUUUAUAUUAUAUACAGUAUGUGUACAUUCUUAUUACUGAUGUUGCCUUGUUUUGCUGUACUUAUAGUCCAAGCUCAAUUUGGAAUGUAACAGUCUACUGUGUUAUGAUUGAAAAAUAAUUCUGUUUUUCUCCCUUCUACUAAUCAUUAGAUAUGUCUGAUGCCUGAUUUGACUUUCAUCUUAUAUUUACUAAUAUUGUCCUCGUAUAGGAUGCUUGUUCUAUACCAGUCCUGAAUUUUUUUAUACUUUCAUUAUAUAUUCGUACAAAAUUUUAACAAGGUUAUUUUUAGAUCCUAACCAAUUUAUACUAGAACUGCAUUGUCUUUGAUGUUUGAUUUUCUUUACUGUAGUCCAUA